AUGCGUACUAAAAGCUUCUUAAUAUUUAUUUCAUGCGUGUUUGUAACAACCGUUUUUUUAAUUAUUUUUGGAUCUCAACAAUCUGAUUCAUUACAAAAUAUUGUAACAUCUACACAUCAACAAAUUCGUAAUUUUCAGGAUAAUUUACGUGAUGCAGAACAAAAAAACUUUGUUGCUAGUGAAAAAUAUUUAAAAAAAUUGUGUUUCACUGAAAAUCCACGUUUGUAUCCAAAUGCAAUAUGGCAAAAUACAUCGUUACCAGUGUUUGUAACUUAUGUACGCGAAGGACAACAGAGUCAAGCUGUAGGUUUAAUACUUAAUAUUACGAAAGUUUUACUGAAUCAUACGAUACUUGUGUAUGAUAUUGGUUUAAGCUAUGGCGGAUUACAGACAUUAAUCAAUUAUUGCAAUAAUAGUCAUUGUCAAAUAAUAAAUUAUGAUUUGAAUGAAUUUCCAUCGCAUAUUGAUGACGAUAGAGGACAUGCUUAUCGACCAUUAAUCAUUCAAGAUGCUUUAUGUAAAACGGGAGCAAUUAUAUUUUUAGAGAAUAAUCAACGCUUAGCUAAGCAUACAUCUUUAACAAAAAUUUUAAAUUUAUAUCAACGUGCAUUACAUGGCUCGGGUAUAUUAGUUUGGCCAAUGGCAAAUGCAGUUAGCAGCUUAACACAUCCAAAAAUGUUUGAUUAUUUUCACACUGAACCAGAUAAUUUUUAUUUUUUACAAAUGGCAGAAAUUGAUCGUUUAAUUAUAAUUAAUAAAGCAAGUAUACAUAAAAAUAUAAUGUUACCAUGGGUACAAUGUGCAUUAACUGCUGAUUGUAUGUUACCAAUUGGGGCCCAAUCUGGUGGAUGUCGAUUUGAUAAAAAACCUCAUUAUCGUUAUUCUGGUUGUCAUAAUUAUGAUGUAUCGGCUUUAAGUAUUGUAUUGGGUUUAACACAUGGCUUUAAUGAAUCUAAUUAUUAUGUUAAAACUUCAAAACCUUUGUUUGUAAAGGUAUCUUUAGAUAAAGCUGUAACUGAAUUGAUUACUUUAGAACAUAAUGCUACAAAUGAAAGCAGCUCACUAAUUAAUAAUAUUAUUAGUUAAUUUAUUAUAAAACACCGAUUAUAUAAUUCUUACUUGUACUCAUUCUUAAUUUUAAU